AUGAUCCCAGAAAUGGGUGAAUACGUGUUCAAUUAUUUUGAGCAUUCUAUAACGAAAUCCACGUACAGAGCUGAAAGUGUCGCUGUCCGAAUUGGGGAACAUGGAGCUUUCACAGGAAACCGUGACGAGUUUAAGAAAAGUGUGUUACUAACGAGCAGAUCCAAGGCAGGCACAAAGAAACAUGUCUUCCUUGACAAACUGCGGACCUUUCAACUAGGGCCCGUCGCACUUUUAUUACUCCUACCCAAGACAGCUGGCCACCCCAGUAGGGGAUGCCACCAACAGCUGGCCACGGCGAUAGGGGAUGACGACCUGUGUGCCAGCGACUGCCUGCGUUAUUCCAAAUUCCAGUGCAAGUCCUUCUACCAGUGCUCCGGCCUCGGCAAGAACUGCUUUGUCAGCAACUAUGUAAACUCUGGCGGCAGCGACUUCCCGGUCAACAAGGCCUGCAAGCACUACAAGCGAGCGGAGAUCAAGAACACCAAGUUCCAGAAACCCAACUGGGAGAUUGUGGACUGGAUUAUGACGAAUGUGGCUGAAGGAAAUAUGCACAUCAUGCUCUAUUAUACUGACCAUGAUGGCAUUGAACACGAAGGCAAGUUCAGCGCGAUUGGCACCGAAGAGGAACUCCUCGGCGACGACCCCAUCUUGGUGGACUUGGUCAGGGAUGACUUCCACGUGGCCUACAAACAGGGUUAUCUGAAGGGCAAGUAUACGGAGCUUAAGUUGCCAAAGGUCAGCUACGCCCUGUGCAUCGCCGCCUGCGAGAAGCAAAUGGGCUUCCGAUGUGAGACACUCUCCUACUGCUAUGGUGCAAAUACCUGCUACCUUACUUCCUACGUGGUCGACACGCCGGUGCAGGAGGCCGAUGUCAUACGCAAGACGGACUGCGUGGUUGUCGGACGAAGCCACACAGAUGAUUAUGUGAAGGUUGAUGGGAUGGUGUACACGGGAGAUGCCGAUCUCGUAAUCAAAAGCACGGAUGCGGACAAGUGCGCCUACCAUUGUUCGAAUGUUACCUCCAUCACUUGCAGAUCCUUUGACUACUGCGAGAAGGAAAGGAUGUGUUACCUGUACGAACAGAGAACCAUCGAUAUGCCACCUGAGUUGAUCAAUCAUACGGUGCCAGACUGCUCACACUAUACCCGUGACGCUCUCGUAGAUUUUAAGAAACACGAGAACCAGGUGUUGGAAGGAAGUCGAGACAGGUACCUCAAGUUUGUCACAGCCUCUUACUGUGCACAGGUUUGUGAAGACGAACCAGACUACGGCUGCAAUGGCUUCGACUAUUGCGAAGAGCCUGAUGACAUCACCUGCUUCUUGACGUCAGACCACUACACUGACGAGGGAGUCGACGUCGGGAAUUCCCCAACGUGUUCUCAUUAUUCACGUGAAUAUUAUGAUGGGUUGGAUAUGAAUGCUUAUUCCCAUAGCAGGAAAAGCAAGUAUAUUUAUGGCCCAGGUGACAUGGCGGGUCUGGCUUGCUCCAUGUUGGUGAUUUCCAUCGCAGCAACAUUUGGUGGAGUCUAUGCCUAUAACAAAUACUUUAAGAAAUAAAUCUUCUUUGCCAUUUUAACUGAUAUAUUGUUCUUUGGAUUUAGAACAAUUAUUCAGGUUAAUUACAAUGGAGAGAUUUAUUUCGUACAACAAUGUUUAUGUACGAAAAAUUGUACAUAUGUACAUUGAAUGUUUUUUUGUAUAUUUUAAUAGAUACCUUUGUAAUGUAGAAUAAUAUACACUUAAUUAGGUAGAAGACAUCCUUCCGGAUAAUUUAGUCCAUUUUUUUGUAUAUUAUGAUUGUAAAUUCCACGGAAAUUAGAUCUGAGUGACAUUCGUGUAAAUCCAUUUUGCAUUUUGUGUAUAUUCUGAUCAUAUAAACACACCGUUUCAUGUUUA